AAGCAGUCCCCACAAAAGAGAACAUAAUAUCAUAGAAAGAGAGAGAAACCAAAGAGAGAGAGUCUGUGAAAAAUGGGAAGAGCUCCUUGUUGUGACAAAGCAAAUGUGAAGAAAGGUCCAUGGUCACCAGAAGAAGAUUCAAAGCUCAAAGAGUACAUAGAAAGAAAUGGAACUGGUGGAAACUGGAUUUCUCUUCCUCAAAAAGCUGGUCUAAGAAGAUGUGGAAAAAGUUGCAGAUUAAGAUGGCUUAACUAUUUAAGGCCAAACAUCAAACAUGGAGAAUUUUCAGAUGAUGAAGACAGAAUCAUUUGCACCCUUUAUGCUAAUAUUGGAAGCAGGUGGUCAAUUAUUGCUGCACAGUUACCUGGAAGAACUGAUAAUGAUAUCAAAAACUACUGGAACACAAAACUCAAGAAGAAGCUCAUGAGUUUUCUUCCUCAAUCUCAUACCUCACUCUUACCCUAUCAAAACCCUAAUUCAUUUCCUUCUCAACAUUGCACUUCAUAUUACAACCAAAUUUCACAACCAAACACAUCCUUCACCACAAGCCUUGAACCAAUCUCUCUUCCAUUUUACCAUAACCAAGACUCCUUGCUCAGUGGUGCUAGUCUUAGCACUAAUACUAGUAGUAUAAUAACUUCCAUGCAAUAUCAUCAUCCUAUGAGAGAGAGUUUUGCCAUGUUUGGAAGUGAGGGAAGUUGUUGCAGUUCAUCAGAAGGAAGUUUUGGGAAACAAGAAGAAAUAAUGGGGUUUCAGAAUCUCAUGCAAAGUAACAGCAUGAUCAAUCUGAGUCAAGGAAGUGAUGUUAACCAAUGGGAAAGUGAAACAGAAAAAGUGAACUUAUGCUUUAGUCAAAAUCAGAAGCAAAUUCUUCCAAGUUCUUUAGGGUAUGAUCUUGAGUAUAUUAAGCAGUUAAUUAGUAGUGAUAAUGGUUACUUGAGUAUUGAUGAAAACAAGACUGAAGAGAAGGGUAUGUACUACUACUACUGAACUAAAACUGAUGAGUGUACUGUACUGACUUGGAAGUAAAAUCAGAAAGAUAUGUUGCAGUCUGUGAGAGGUAUGGUUGUAUGGAGAAGAUUCAGAAAAGACUUUUAGAUUAUUAUUUUUAUUAUUAUUAUGGGAUUCUGUGUUUUUUCAUGAAAUUUAGUAUUAGACAUUUCUUGUUUUAUUAGUACAUGUUAUGUUAUAAAUAUAACCUUCUUUUGUAUUCAAUGUAGAAACCUUUUAGCUACUAAUUAAUGUUAACCAUCAUUUUAGAUUUUUAUUAUAAAUAUAUUUUCUCCGAGCAAAUUUCAGUGAAUCCGAUAUCAAUGAAUCCGAUUUCAAAGAUGCAAGUUCGAACUUGGACCAUGAUCUAAUUCUAGUCAUUAGACUACU